AUGUGUGAUUUUAUAGCCGGUAGUCGUAGAGCUAGAAGAAGUCGAACGGGUGCACAAUAUUUUGAUGAAUUUCGUUCGCAUUUUUGGGAGAGACCUGAAGAUGAAUUCGAUAGAAUCCGCAGUAUUAAUACUUUAAACCGAAGGCGAAGUAGGGGUAAUGGAAAUAUUACACUCGCACCAUCUACCAGGGAAGUCGAACGCGAAUUGAAAUCCUCUGAAAGACGGAUAAGCCGAAGUCCACGAAGACAAUUACCAUCCGUUAGUCAAAGACGAACAGCAUCUCGACCUUCAAACAACGAUAAUAUGGACAUUGUUUGCUUAAGCAAACGUAUGAAAGACGAAAUGGCGAGACUUCAGCACCUCAACCGCGGUACCUUUGGUACCCUGCUACUGCAUUGGAAAAUUUAA